GACGCUCAAUAGCGCGCAGUCAAUGUUUUACUCCUGUCUUGGUCACGUUGUUAUAAUAUAUUGUUUAAACCGUUAUAUCGAUAAUUUGUGUGCUAAAGAAUGAGUCUGGAUACUUUGUUUCAACAUAUUCUGAUAACCGAACAGCAAAUAUCAGAAAAGACACAACAAUUGCAUGAGGUCAAGGUAGCUAUUUCCAGAUGCCAAGGCAGGAUCAAGUCAUUGACAGAAAAAUCGGAAUGUGUCUCAAAUGAACUUGAUGAAAAGGCUCAGCAUCUAUCAGAGACAAAGCUGCAGUAUGACCUAAUAAAAAAGCGUCACAUACAAAUUGAAAAGCAGGCCAGGGAACUUUUGAGACAACAGAAAAAUCUCCAGGAACAUUUGGAGAAAAAAAGGAAAUCAUUUAAAGAAGAACAGGAGAAAUUCAUGGAAGAAAUAAAGACUUUCAACAGACACUUUAGCCUUUUUAGUAACAGGGAGGCUGUUUUUGAGAGCCAAACUCAAUCUGAAAUGCUUGACUUAGAGGAGGAGGUUAACUCUUUGAACAAAGAAAUGGUCUCCAUAGGCCGAGAGAACACUUGGGUGAACUCUAUGCAAGAUGAAAAGAGAAGUCUCCAUUUGGAGCUACAAGGACUGGAAGAUAUUAUGAGAGACCUGGAGAGCAAACUGAAUGAGGCAAAAUCAAUGACAGAGUCACUGAGAGCAGAGAGUCUGAAUGCCAAUCAGAAGCACCUCACAGACAGUACAUGUUUACGAUUGAAAAAAGAGCUGCAAAUGCACAAAGAAGGAGAGCUGGAGCUCUUGAGAGAAGCCCUCAGUGCUGAAAUCCUGUUCUUGCAAUCGAAACUGCGUCAGAAGAGUCCCCAGUACACAAGCAAUUGAAAAUAGUGUCUAAACUUGUUGCUGGCAGAGGUUGUUUUCAGAGGCUGAGAAGCCGUGGUCAGUUUCAAUGCAGCCAGUUUGGAAGAAUUCAGCUGUCAGGUUUCUCAUUUAGAAUUUAUAGGAAAUAUAAUAGGACUUACUAUUCCACCACAUGCAAAAUCCUUUUGUGAUCCUGGGCUAUAGCCACAUUAAAUGGGAAUAAAUGUCUCUGCACAAAGACCAACAAAACAAUAGACUUAGAGAUUGCUGGUUAUAUUCUUUGCUGUCCUCUAUAGGCGAUUGUAUACAUUACAUGUUGGCCAACGAGACCAGGAUGCUCUUGUUGAUAUAAUACUGCAGUAUUUACACUGGGAUUCAUUUGUAUAAUUGCUGA